AUGGAUGUUCGACUGCGCAUCUUCCGUAUGUCCGGCCAAUGGCAGUUUGAGCGCGGCGAUGAGGCUCACUCGUUGCUUUGUGGACGAUUGCUCGUCAGCGAGCCGUCUGCGAGCGUCCAUGCGACGCAGCAGCGUCGUGUGGGCAGCACAGAGGAAGCGCACGGCGGUGACUCUGGCAGCACACAGGCAGCACACAGGCCAGCGACCCCGGCCAGAGUCACUGCCGUGCCUAAUGCUCGCUCGUCCACGUCGUCACCGCUGCCAACCCUCGCCCGCUCGCAGCUAAGAGCUGGCUCGCAACCGCCAGACGCUGCUGGCCUGCUGUGGUUGGAUGGAGCAUCCGGGCGUGGAUCGCUGAUCAAGGGGCACUCCGGUGUCUCCGGUCUCCAGCGAGCAAAUAACAGCUCGCGAGCCAAAUAG